CUUGUUCCAAAUGUUUGUUUUUUAAUAUUAAUAACAAUAUAAGACGGCCCAAGAUAUGGAUGAUUCGGUGUUUAAGCUGAAAUACCAGAAGUACAAGCUGCGCGUCAAAUUGUGGGAGAAGGACUUCAAGAAGAAGAAUGGUCGUGUUCCAUCAAAGUAUGAUAUUAGGGAGGCCAGCCAGGAGAUUCGCGACUCGUACAAAAUGUACUACAAGCUGAAGACAUCCUUUCUGGAGGAGACCCUUAACGAUGUGCUCAGCGAGGAUGGCUUCGAUAUCCUGGAGAUGUCGCAGACCAGCGAACUGGGUGUGAGCAUGCUGGAUCAGGACCUCAGUCUGAAUGGAGGACCCCAGUUGCCGCUGAAUAUAUCCGCUCUGGUGGAGCCACAGAGCUCCGGCAAUCUGCAGGAGGAGAGCUCGUUUUCCAAUCUCCAGGACCUGCCCAAUCGUCAAGUGCUCACCAAUCUGGUGAAUCGCGAUGAGAACCAUGUGAUCCGUAGUUUCGAGGCCGUGGAGGAGCUGCCCCUUAACCGGAAUGCCUGGGGCUUGGAUGUAAGCAAGAAGCCAGCAGCUCCACCACAGCCAUUGGGAGCUUCCAUGUCCGCUCCUUUGCAGGGCAAGCAGCUAAAACCACUGGCCAGUCUUAAGCCCAGUUUGAGUGCCAAGUUAUUCCAGUCCACGCGCGGAUUUGCCAAGCGAAAUCCCCGAAAGCCUUUGUCCAACUCUUCCAUCAACGCCUCCAGUUCCACCAGUUCGCUGAGCACAGUUUCCGCCGAUCCGGUAGAGGAACUGCCCGAUUUUGAGACCAUCCUCAUACGCAAGGCUCAGGAGUACAAGGAAAAGGAGCUGGCCCUGGCCAACAAUUCGCUGCUGGCCGGCGAUCUCAGCAAGGAUCACAUUAAAACCCAGGUGGACGACGGCUGGUUGCAGCGAAAUACCAAGGAGAAUACUCUGGAGGCGGAGACGCCCUUUGCGGAAACAAAUAAUAGUACUAAUCCUCCAAAGAAAACGAACUUUGGACUGACCAAUCUUGAUUUAAGCAAAUUGAAGCCUUCUAUUAAGGAGGAGCAACCAGCGCAGGUUAAAAUAGAACCGAUGGCAGCUAAUAGUUCUGUCAUAAAUGAGAAAACGGAUCUACCAAGUGAGGAUCCUUCCACAUCCCGCCAAAAAUCGCCUGCUACCAAACCCAAAACACAACCUAAAGAGCAGGAAAGCAAUUCUGAUUCCGAUUCCGACUCUGUGGUGGCUGAAAGCGAGGAGGAACCGGAGCCCCAGGAAUACCGACAGCUGGCCAAACGCCGCAGGAUUAUGCCAACUGCUUCAGGUUCAAAUGAAGUAGCUGAAAUACCCACUAAAAAUGAACCGGAAGCGGAAACUUUGACUGCCGAAGAUCCAGAGGAUGAGUACGGCAAGGAUUUCUCUGCCGACGAAGAGCAGGAUGCCACCUAUGAACCCGAGAAGGGGAAAAAGGAUAAAGCAAAGCGCAAGCAAGCGGCGGGAAAACGAAAGACCGCCAAACCCAAAGCGGAACCCAAACCAAAAGCUGAAAAGAAGCCCAAGAUCAAGGCCGAAAAGAAGCCCAAGGCGGAGAAGAAGCCAAAGAACGCCAAGAAACCUGAACCUGAACUUCAGCAGGAAGAAGAGCAGAGCCAGCCCUUGAAUCCCGAAGAUCUAAAGUAUGUUUUGGCUCUGGAGGCAGGUGACAUCACCUCCGUGCCGCGCAUAAAUCAGCAGGAUCUGGAGCAAGCCGAUGCCACCGCUCAGCGCUACAUUAGCACCUUUGCUGCGCUGCCCAAAACAGAAUUUUCCAAUAUACGUGUAGAUGAAAAGCGAGCUGCUGCUCGUAAGAAAAUGGAGGAGCGCAUAGCCGCCGGAAAACUGAACGAGAACUUUGUGACCAUCAACAUUCAAAAGAAAAAGUUCGUGCGCGGCAAGAAGACGGUGAACUUCAGCAAAUACAAGAAGCAGCAGUGGCGCCACAAGAAGCGAGUGGCUGCUCUGAGUGGACCGGAUAUGGACAUGGGUGGCUGCGAUGGCGUGGUGCUCACAUGUUUCCAGUGCGGCGGAGUUGGUCACUUCGCGCAGCAGUGCAAAGUGAAGGGCGACAGCUUACUGCCUCUAUCCGCCCAGCUGGAGGAGGAUCCCUCGCCAUUUCCCACGCUCGCCGAGGUCCAGGAGAUGGCCAGCCAGGGAGCAGUGGUGGCUCACAGUCGCAACAUCUCAAGAUUACCGGAGGCUGCCAAUGCAGCCCUUUUGCAGGGCGAGGAAUCGGAUGAAUCGGAGGAGGAGAUCGAAGAGAGCAGCGGUGAUGAGGAGGGAAAACCGUAUGAGGAGCCCGAUUGGUCGGGCGAUGAGAUGGACAUCGACUUCGAGGCCCUGGAUGCAGCCGUGGAAUCCUCGCUAAGUCAGCCGAUCUCCCAGGAUAAACCAGUUUCUCCCAUCAAAAAAUACGUUGGCCACAAGAUUCCCGAGGAGUUCCUCAAGCAGGCUGGCCUAGACACCAGCGCCUCCACUUCAAAUCGCAGCCACCACGGCGGGGUGAAGCCCCUGUACGACCUCCUGCCGGACGGGAGUGUCCAGGACACCACACCCGAGGUGCUGGAGGCACUGCACAUGUUUGGACACAGUAAUUUCAGAAAGGGUCAAGAUCGGGCCAUCAUGCGCACUCUUUCGGGACUCUCCUCGCUGGUUACCCUCAGCACGGGCAGCGGUAAGUCCCUGUGCUACCAAUUGCCCGCCUAUUUGUAUAGUCGAAAGAUGGGGGCCAUUACGCUGGUCAUCUCACCUCUCGUCUCGCUCAUGGAGGAUCAAGUUACCGGAGUGCCGCACUUCCUGCGCGCCCACUGUCUGCACACCAACCAGACGGCGCCGCAGCGAAUGAAGAUCCAGCAGAUGAUUGCCAAUGGGGAGAUUGAUAUACUUUUGGUCUCUCCGGAAGCAGUGGUGGCCGGGGAAAGGGCCACCGGAUUCGGAGCUAUCCUCCGUCAACUGCCGCCCAUUGCGUUCGCCUGCAUUGACGAGGCGCAUUGCGUGUCCCAGUGGAGCCACAACUUUCGGCCCAGCUACCUGAUGAUCUGCAAGGUGCUGCGAAAGAAUCUCGGCGUGCACACGGUCCUUGGACUCACGGCUACGGCAACUUUGCCCACGCGGGUGAGCAUCAUCAAUCACCUGGGAAUUGCGGACGGAGAGCGUGGCGUCAUUAGCGAUAUCCCACUGCCAGACAAUCUGGUGCUGUCCGUCUCCAAGGAUCACAACCGGGAUGCGGCGCUGCUCCAGCUACUCAAUAGCGAACGCUUUGAGCCCUGCCAAUCCAUUAUUAUCUACUGCACGCGGCGCGACGAGUGCGAGCGAAUCGCUGGCUUCAUUAGGACCACUGUUCAGGACCGCCGGCAGCCGGUUCAGGAUCAGGGGAAGAAGCGCAAGCGGGUGAACUGGCAGGCGGAGCCCUACCAUGCCGGAAUGCCCGCCUCCCGGCGACGCACCGUCCAGAAGGCCUUCAUGGGCAACGAGCUGCGCAUUGUGGUGGCCACCAUUGCCUUCGGCAUGGGCAUCAAUAAGCCCGAUAUACGCGCCGUGAUCCACUACAAUAUGCCGCGAAACUUUGAGAGCUACGUCCAGGAAAUUGGACGAGCAGGACGCGAUGGUUUGCCCUCCCACUGUCACCUCUUCUUGGACGCCAAGGGUGGCGAUCAGAGUGAGCUGCGCCGGCAUGUGUAUGCCAAUUCGAUUGAUCGACAUGUGAUCCGCAAGCUGCUGCAGAAGAUUUUCGUGCCCUGUAGCUGCGAUAAGGAGGCUUCGAAGGGAGCGGCUCCUCCGCCGAUUGCCCUCGAGGGCGAUGGUCCGCGGGCUCAUGUGUGUCCGGGCCACGAGAUCGGCUUUUCGGUGGAGAAAACUGUUGAGAUGCUGGACAUCCCGGCGGAGAACAUAUCCACGCUGCUCUGCUACAUGGAGCUGGAUCCCCGCUGGUGCAUCAGUGUACUCAGCUCGGCAUAUGUAAUGGCCAAGGUGAUCUCCUACGGCGGACCCAAGUACCUGAAGCAUGCUGCAAAAGAAUGUCCACCCUUGGCCAUGGCCAUUGCCUUGCAGAUCAGGAACAAAACCUUCAAGGAGGACUCAAAUAUCAUAGAGUUCUCAGUCACAGACAUUGCGGCUGGAAUUGGCUGGAACAGCGGCGUGGUGAAGUACCAACUGAAGGACCUGGAGUGGGUGAAAGUAAAUGGAUUUCCAAAGCGAUCGCCCAUCACGGUGAGCUUCUUCGACUUGGGAUUCCGCAUCAAGGUGCCGGGCGACUUUACUGAAUCGGAGAUCGACGGCGCCCUGGACACUCUCUACACGCGAUCCGUGAAACAGGAGCGCACACAGCUCAUCCAGCUGCAAUAUGUGGCCCAUGGACUGGCGGCUGUGUCCUACAGCUCCUGCGGCCAGUGCUGCAAUGCGGAUUUCCCGCACGAUCGCGGCGAGCAGCUAAAGGCUAUCGUGCGCAACUACUUUGCCAAUGACUAUCCGCAGGAUCUGGAGCUGGAAGUAGAGCCCAGCAACGUGCCGGAUGAGCACAUCACAGACGACGUGCAUGCCCUGAUCAACAUGUAUCCGGACAACACGUUUAGCGGACGGAAUAUUGCCCGCAUCUUUCACGGCAUCAUGAGCCCCAACUAUCCCGCCGUCAUCUGGGGACGCUGCAAGUUCUGGCGCGCCCACGUCAAGGUCGAUUUCAAUCGCAUCCUGCAACUGGCCAACAUGGCCAUCAUUAAAAGGCGUACCUAACCGUGAUAUUUGGAUGGAUAACUGUGGGGGUUCUAUGAAAUAUAUGAUGCCCCGUUUACCUAAUUUAAUAGCUCCAUGAAUUUGAAGAUAUGUGAUGCCAUUCAAUAACAUUUGUUUUCUUUAUUUUUUAAGUAUGAUAAAUAAAUGUAAAUUAAUAAUCUAU